AUUUGAGAAGAAGAAGAGCAGCUAAUGUCAAAUGUGAUCCUGUCUACGCAAUUGCGAACUGUUAAAACGUCCAAUUAAGUAUAGAUUAGUCAUUGAUGAUUAAUCUGUCAUAAUGGGAGAUGCAGUAGAUUUUGACAAAAAGAAGGCUCACUCUCAUCGUCAUGCUGGCCGUAAAGCUGAGAAGAAGAAAGCAAAAGUUAAGCAUGAGCAAGACUUGACUGCCCGGCAACGUAAUCCAAAGGCUUAUGCCUUUAAAUCUGCUGCAAAGGGACAGAAACAGUUUCUGAGGACCCAAGAUUUCAAGGCAAAGAAACAUCACAUACCUGUUGUUGAUCGAACUCCUCUAGAACCCCCUCCAGUUAUUGUGUCCAUUGUGGGAGGUCCAAAAUCAGGAAAAUCUACUCUUUUAAGAUGUCUGGUAAAGAAUUACACCAGACAGAAACUCUCGGAUAUUCAGGGUCCUGUGACUGUUGUAGUUGGAAAAAAACGAAGGGUUACUUUCAUAGAAGUCAACAAUGAUGUCAACUGCAUGAUAGAUAUUGCUAAAGUGUCAGACAUUGUAUUAAUGCUGAUUGAUGCCACUUUUGGCAUUGAGAUGGAAAUAUUUGAGUUUUUAGAGAUAUGUCGUGCUCACGGAACUCCUCGUGUCAUGGGUAUCUUGAAUCAUUUAGAUAUGAUGAAAGAUAACAAAGCUCUGAAGAGGAAAAAGAAAAUUCUUAAGCACAGAUUUCAGGUUGAGCUGUAUCCUGGAGCAAAACUCUUUUACCUGUCAGGUAUUGUUCAUGGUGAAUAUCUGAAGAAGGAAGUGCAGAACUUAGGUCGUUUCAUUAUGGUUAUGAAAUUCCGUCCUCUCACUUGGCGCAUAUCUCAUCCUUACGUUUUGGUUGAUAGAUAUGAGGAUAUUACAAACCUUGAGAAUAUUCGAACGAAUCCCAAGUGUGAUCGAGAUGUGGUCUUAUAUGGGUAUGUGCGAGGUGUUCCCUUCCAGAAAUCCCAGAUGGUGCAUAUUCCAGGUUGUGGAGACUUCAGGAUGAAAAACAUAACCUUUUUGCCAGAUCCAUGCCCACUUCCAGAGCAUUUAAAGAAGAGAUCUCUCAAUGCGAAGGAAAGAUUAUUAUUUGCACCCAUGUCAGGUGUUGGAGGAGUUCUGUAUGAUAAAGAUGCGGUGUACAUUGACCUCGGUGGAUCUCAUCAUGGUGUCAGGAAACAGAAAGAGGAAUGGGUGGAUAGAGAUGAGGACGUUCUGCAGCCACUACUUGAACUCCAGAAAACUGCUGACGAAAAGCAAGCAGAGAGUAAGAUUCAGAUCUUCUCACACAGUGACUUCAUCUCCAAUGCUGCUGUUAGUAAUAAUAAGGACAGAGAUACAGAAGAUGAAGAUGAACAAGAAAAAUCACAAAGUGAUGAAGCUGAUGACAGUAGCAAUCACCGUGGAUCUAGAAGAGAGAUGCCAGAAUAUGAAUCUGUAACUGACAGUAGUGGGGUGAGAAGAAGGAGAGUCAUAUUUGCUGAUAAUCUGGAGGAGGAUGACAAAUUUGACGAUGAUGAUGAUGAUGAUGAUGAUGACGAUGACGACAGUGAAACUGAUGGCAGUGAUGGUGAUGAUGACGAUCUCAAUGAAGAGGAAGAGGGAGAAGAAGAACACGAUUUAGCUCCUCCAAAAAAGAAGAUGAAGAAAGUUUCUGUGAAGAGGGUGAAGGAAGAAAUAAAUGAGAGUGAAAGUGACGACGACUAUGAUGUUGAUGGUGAUUUGCAAGAACUUCUUUGUAGUGGGGGAAAACAAGUAGAUGAGUCAUUAAAAGACGAAAGUGCAAAAGAAAACACAAAGCCCUUGACCGUACAAAGAACUCAAACUUUGAAGAAAAACAAAGAUUCUGAUGUGACAGUUAUGAUUCAGGGAAUACUGGAGAACUUGAAAACACAUCCAAUUAAAAAGGGGCAAAGAACUAGUGACAAUGAUGGUGUUGUGCUUGAAAAAAAGGGUCAACCAGAAUCUACAGACACUAGUAUAGAGCAGAAAAUUACAUCUGAAAUUAAAAGUGAAAGUGACACAGAAUCCUCAGAGGAUGAAGAAGAAAGAGAAGAUGAUAAGGAUGGAAUGUUGUACCGAACAGAUAUGUUUCAGGAGGCUACAGACAAUUAUUAUAAGAAUCAGGCUGGUGUCUCAUUUCUACGGAAAUAUAUAUACGGCGACUUAAAAGAGGAUGAGAGUAGCUCAGAAAGUGAGGAUGAAUCUGUUGGUGGUCUUUUCCGGAAAACAUCAUCACAAACUAAGAAAAAGUCUGGGCUGUUGUCUAAAAGAGCUUUAAUGGAUGACACAGACACAACACGUUAUAUACCUCAUGUAAUGAGAGAUUGGAAUGUUAAAGAGCUGCAAAACAGCAUCAAAGACUGUUUCGUGACUGGUGAAUGGAAAGAAGGAGAGAAUGCUGAAACUCUUUUAAAAAUGGAUGACGAAGAUGAAGACUUGUAUGGUGACUUUGAAGAUUUGGAAACGGGUGAAAAAUUCAAAUCAGCUAAAAAGGAAGAUUCCCAAAAAGAAGUUGAUGAAGAGAAAGCUCCUGAGGUCAAGAAAGAGGAAAUGUCUGCUAAAGAGAAACGACUGGAAAAGAAAAGGAAGCUGAAAGCAAUGUUUGAUGCAGAGUACGAUGAAAAUGGGAAUGAGGAUUAUUUUGAGUCCCUCAAGAAGGACUUGAAUGAACAGGCAGAGUUGAACCGUAAAGAGUUUGAGGGAUUGGAUGACGAAACAAGGGUGCAGUAUGAGGGUUUCAGAUCAGGCAUGUAUGUUCGAAUGGAAUUUGAGCGAUUCCCUUGUGAAUUCAUCACCAAUUUUGACCCCAGUUAUCCAGUGAUAGUAGGUGGUUUGUUGGAAAAUGAAAACAACAAUGGAUUUAUUAGGGUUCGAAUCAAGGUGCAUCGAUGGUAUCCCAAAAUUCUGAAGAACAGAGAUCCAUUGAUUCUUUCAUUAGGAUGGAGAAGAAUUCAGUCUUUAAUGUAUUAUGCCAAAAGAGAAGAUAACUUCCGCAUGCGAUCACUGAAGUACGCCCGAAAGUAUCUUCAUGUUGAGGCCAUGUUCUGGGGGCCUGUUACUCCAGUAAAUACAGGAUUCAUAGCUUUUCAAAACAUCACAGACCGUGUGCCUGAAUUUCGUAUUGCUGCAAAUGGAGUUGUGUUGGAGGCAGACCAAAGCACAAAGAUAGUGAAGAAAUUGAAAUUAUUAGGAACACCAGAAAAGAUCUUGAAGAAGACUGCAUUUAUAAAGGACAUGUUUCAUUCAGAAACAGAAGUAGCCAAAUUUGAAGGUGCUCAGAUUCAGACUCAAUCUGGUAUCAGAGGCAUCAUCAAAAAGUCCAGAGGUCUAGAGGGCGUCUUCCGAGCAACUUUUGAAGAUGUCAUUAAGAAAAGUGAUGUUAUCAUAUUGAAGACAUGGGCUCCAGUUGAAGUAGCACCGCACAGUUUUUGUGUUAGGACACUGCUAUUACCACCCAGUGAGAAGGCUGCUUGGCAGGGAAUGAAAACAGUGGCUCAAGUUAAGCAAGACAAGGGUAUCAAGUUUGAGGCCAACCCAGACUCUUUAUACACUCCAAUCACCAAACGUAGCAAGUACACAAAGCUGCCAUUGAAGAUUCCUAGAAACCUUCAGAAAGAUUUGCCUUACCAGUUGAAACCUAAAUUCAAGGCAGAUGGGAAGAAAGCAGAUAGAGUAGUAGUUGUGAAGGAUCCUGAUGAAUUGAAGAUGGAUGCAUUUAUGGCGAGACUGAAGACAAUGAUGAACGACAAAAUGGAAAGAGAACAACAAGAGAAACUGCUGCGCCAGAAGAAAUUCAAGGAAUCCCUGAGGGAUCGAGAGCGCAUGAGGAAAGUCAGGGCAAGAAGAGAGAAGUCAGAGGCUUGUAGAAAACUUAGCAAGAGAAAAGGUGGAAAAAAUCUCAAUGUAGUGUGAAGGUACAAUAAUGUUAAUACCGUGCUGUUUCACUAGCUGUUUAGCAGGUGGGUUUGCACUUCUUUUUAUAUUGAUAACAUGACAGUAGCACAAGAACUAUCAGUAAACCGUUUCUAGAUUUUUGACGAAACAUGCUUUGUGAAACGUAUCCUUGUAGGUAGGUACAUGUAAGAAGUUUUAACAGGACACUUAAGUGUUUAAAUAUUAAAAAUAUAGUCUAUUGUAUUUAUUUUUUUUUAAAUAAUGAUGGAAGGUCUUCAAUCAUAAAGCUAAUUUAAUUCAAAAUUUAUGCGAAGACAGUCACAAAUUGUUUGCAACUUUGAUAUGUAAGGAACAUGGUAAUAUUUAUGAACUUGAAGGUAUGCUUUACCACCUGGUUUUGCUACAACUUUUGUACUUGGCUUGUAAUUUUCUAAUGUGAUAGUAAAUCUCUUGUGUACCUACUACUGUUGUUAUAAUAAUAAGAGGUAUGUUUUUCAUAACAUGAAUAUGUUUUGAACUACUGUGAUUGUAAAUAUUUUAGAAGUAGAUUGAAGAUUAAAUUUCUUUGUAGGAUCAAUUUUACUACUAAACUGUUAUCAAGACACCUUUGUUAAAAUAAAAACCCAAAGACUU